AUGGACUCUUUCAUUUUAGGGAUUGCAAAUUCAUGCGGAUUAGAUAGAUUUCUAUUUACAUCUGACUGGGAAGAAAGAUGCAUCUCAAUUAUUCAAUACAGAUUGAAGAGGACAUUCUCAGAUCGUGCUCCAAUCCUUCUUGACUGCAAUGCAGAUAAGAUAAAUGAAAAAGAAAAAAAUUACUACAAGAAUUUUUUCAGUGAAGAUACUCCUCACAGGCCAAAGUUUGAUGGCUUAGUGGUUCCAUCUAUAUCUGUUCAACAUGCUAUUAUGUUGGAGAAACCUUUUGAUAUGGAAGAAGUGAAGAAGGUAAUAUGGGGUUUUGGUUCAAACAAGUCUCCUAGACCUGAUGGGUUCACUAUGGAGUUAUUUAAAGCUGUUUGGGAAAUUAUCAAGAUUGAUCUUAUGGCUAUCAUAAGGAGGGGAGUAUACAAGAUCAUCACCAAAUUGUUAGCAGAUAGGUUGAAGGUGGUAAAGCCAACUAUUAUAUCUGAGUUCCAAGGGGAGUUUGUGGACAGUAGACAAAUCACAGAUGGCAUUCUCAUUUCCUCUGAGCUAUUUGACUCAAGAGAAAGAGAUAAAAUGCCAGGUUUGGUGGUGGAGGUUGAUCUUUAUAAAGCUUUUGAUAGUAUUAGAUGGAAUUGCUUGGAUUACACACUUUCAAUAUUUGGUUUUGGUAUGAUAUAUGGAGGAACUGGAUUAAAUGGGUUAUCUCUAAAACAAGAUUUGUUAUUUGAAAUUCUUUCUCUUCUGAUCAAAAAGGCUGCUUCUCUGAAGUUAAUAGAUGGUUUUAGGCCUUCUGCUAAAGCUGGUGCAUUAUAUGAUUUGCAAUUUGCAGAUGAUCUUAUAGUUUUCUUAGAUGGGUUGGAAGUUAAUUUCAACAUAAGUGCAAUUGUAACAGUGGGUGUUUCUCAAUUUGCAGCUGGAUAUGCUUCUGUUUUUGGGUUUCAACUAGCUUCCUUCCCUAUGAAUUAUCUUGGUAUUCCAUAG